AUGGAUCCCCGUUGGUCAUCGGAACCCUUAUCACUGGAGCUGGCGUGCCUUGAUUAUAUAAAAACUACACUGAAUCGUGCAGAAUCCUCGUUGGAGGAAUGUGAAUAUGGAUUUCUAAGUGACUUGUGUAGACUACCAGGUCCCUUCGUUUGCUCAGUUUUUGAAUAUCUUGGCCGUACUGGUGGCAUUUCAGAUUUUAAGUUGAAACUGUUUCGGAAAGCAAAUGACUUUUCAUUGGAAAAACUUCACUUAGCUGACCUAGGAAGCUCAAUAGGUGGAUCAAGUCUACAUGGAUUUUCUACGUAUAACUUAAAGGAAAUUGUCUUACAAUUCAAUAAAGACAAUUCAAAUCACCCAACUUUAACUGAUUUAUGGGAUGCAUUUAGAGGCUCCGAAAAGUCAUUGAAAGUUCUGAAGUUAUAUUUCUAUCCAAUAUCAUUUCACGAUGAUGGUCAUUUGUUUAAUUUUGUCUCCAGGUUUCCAAAUUUAGAGGUAUUCUGCAUCCACACAUUACUUGACUAUUGCGAUCUAAAUCAUGAAAAAUGGUCAAAUCUUUUGAGAUUUUGCCCCUCUUUAAAAGCACUUGAAGUAUUUACACCUCGCAAUAAGUCCCAAAUUUCUUUAGACACAUCAGUAUUUUCGUAUUUUGGAACACAACUUCAGAGUCUGAGUUUACCAACAAUACUGAAUUUUCAUGGUGUUCUAACCCAGCAACAUGGUCUAAUUGGACUGAUGGAUCUUAACAAUCUAUGCUACUUGGAUUUAUCAGUUGAUGAUGACCCAGAGGAUAAUACUCAAGAAGCAGCAAAAGACAGAGCUGAACGCCGAAAGUUUGUUAUUGAUUUCAUGGAAAAGCUUGAAGAUGGACGUCUGCUACCAAAGAUUUCAUCUCUGGAUUUAUCUGGAAUGAAAGGACUACAUACUGGUCACGUUAACAAGUUCUUGGAAUCACACAAGACAGUUACUUUUCUUGGCCUGUCUCUAAUAGAAAUUGAAUACACUGUCAUGGCUUCUGUGGCAGAUAGCGUGCUUAACCUUCUGAUCUCUGGUACCUUUUUAGAAAAUCAAAUUCUUCUAUCAUUAAAAGUAUAUGGAAGCAGAGCACUCUACAUCAGAGAAGCUCUGAAAAACCUCUUUAUCCUGUGCAGUGAGUGGACUGAACGAAGACCAGAGGUCAUUCAGCUUGUCUUACGUGCCUUGAAAGAUCAUCCAGAGGAUCAUUUGCUUCAAUUAGCUGCAACGGCGUGUUUAUAUAAUCUUACAAAAAAUGACCAGAAGCUAAAGCCAGUGCCACCAUCUCAGCUGAUUGAAGCAGCUGAGCUUUCUUUGCAAGCUUUAAGAAGAUUCCGUUCAAGUGAUAAAAAACAGAUCAUGAAAAACUGUCUCUUAAUAUUUUGCAACGACAGACUGUUACACGAUCCUAAGUUCAAACGUUUUGAUGUUAGUCGCGUUUGUCUGGAUUGCAUGCUGACUGUACCAGAAUCAGUUGACCGACAUAUUACCAGAAUGGCUGUUGCCAUAGUGUCUGUUUUGGCUUGCAAGAUAACUUCACAGGAGACAUCUGAGUUGACAGGGGUUGAAGAAAUGAAACUGUUGUUGUCAAUAGCAAAAUCAAGACUUGGGGAAGAGAGGAUCGAUGGAACACUUAAGUUUGACCUCAGUGCACUGUGGAAUUUAACAGAUGAAUCCCCGAAGGCGUGUCAUCUCUUUGUGGACUAUGGAGGACUAGGCCUUUAUGUGCAAUUGUUAAGGGUAUUUUCAAAUGAUAAUUCGAUCCAGACAAAGGUCCUAGGCUUACUGAACAAUAUUGCGGAAGUUCCAGAACUUCACGAGGCGAUGGUUAUCGAUGAUUUGAUGGUAUACGUUGGAGAUCUGAUUCUGAGUGACGAGAAAUCUGUGAGUUACUUCGCUGGAGGAAUCAUAGCAAACCUUGCAUAUGGAUGGACAUCUAAGUAUCAAUUGCAAGUUAGCUCAAAGCAAGAAUUGCUAGAAAAGUUGGACCUAGCCAUCCAGCGCUGGGGAACACUGGAUUCUGAGAUUGUUACGUAUAGAUCGUUUAAACCAUUUCUUGGGCUCUUGGAUUCCUUUGAAUUAGCACCAGUGCAGCACUUCUCUCUCUGGGCGAUUCAUCAUGUGUGCACACUGAACAGUGAAAGGUACAAAGAUCUGAUGACCACUGAUUGCGUCAAAAGGCUGGAUCGGCUGAGGAAUGCCCCGUUCUCGACAACAGAACAACAGCGUGCCAUGGUUGACGAAAUCUUCAAAGCUUGCAGCAUAAAAAGUGAACUCAAGACGGAUAUGGAUGUGGCAUGA